CGUGACUAGCCCACCACGCAGGCUCACACCCCUCGGGGGGCUCCGGACCUGCCCUGGCUCACUCCCUCCGGGCGCCAUCCCCGGCCCAGGCACCUGUUCGUGGUGGCGCAGAGCGCGCGGCGGCCCGGGCAGCGCGGAGAGCAGGGGCGGAGCAGGUCCCAGGAGUCGGGCUCCUCAGCGCACCUGGCGGUGAGCAUCGCCGGAGGAGGAGAAGGCGAGGAGAGGCCCAGGAAUAAUGGCGUCCAGAGAGCAACAAGUCGUAAAAGAUCUCGCAGUGCAGAAUGAAGAAAAAGAAAACAAAAAAGGGAAGAUCUCCAAGCAAAGUGAAGAAGAAUCCCACCAGCUGGAAGAAGUUGAAAACAAGAAGCCUGGGGAAAAUGUCAGAAGGGGACGAGUCAGGCGACUUGUGCCUAAUUUUCGAUGGGCCAUACCAAACAGACACGUUGAUCCCAAUGAAGGGGGAGAGGAUGUUGGGAAGUUUGUAGGGCAAGUGAUGGAAGUCAAGAGAAAGACUAGGGAGCAACAGAUGAGGCCUUACGGGCGUUUCCAGACACCAGAACCUGACAAUCACUAUGACUUUUGCCUCAUACCUUAAAAAUUGAAGGUUUUCUCUGAGCUCAUAAAGUGGCUACUCUUUUACAAGCUUGUAUUUAGUGAAGUACUUUUUCUGUAAACUUUUGGUGUUUCCACUUAACACUUUCUACUUAAAGAUUGUUUUACUGUUGCAUUUAAUUCUAAACAUUCCUAUCAGCAUGGCAAUUCAAUCCAUUUUAGAAGGAAAUCUUUUUUCAUGAUUUGAAAUUAGUAAAGCAAUUUAAAAGGCA